CGCGCGCUAACUUUUUGGUUUUUUUAUUUCAGCAACUGGCAAAGGAGCCACUCAUGUCACCAGGCCUGCUGUUUGAAUGGACGCUUCAAAUUGACAAAAAGAGUCAAUUUGAGGGUAUUUUCACAAUUAGCGUAUAGAGUUAAUUUGAGGAAGAGACUGGGUUGUUUGUCGCCUGUCAGAGUCGGAAUAUAUCGCAAUUUGUUUUGGUACUGCUAAACGACUCGUCGUUCAAUGAUUUCAAUCUGUCGAUUGACCCAGAGCAGGUUUUCGUGAGGAAAUACUAAAUUUGAUGCUAAUUUCAGAAACAACGUUUUUGGAGAGGAUUUGACGUGAAAAUCAUCCAAGGUUAUAAAGAAGUGGGUCUCGUUUAAUUGUAUAUGUAAAAAGACUUCAUCGCCGAUGGAAUUACAACAAUUACAUUUAUACGGAACUAGGCUUAACAUGCGGUUUUGAAACAAUGACUACCUUAGCCUCAGAAGAGAAAGCGAACGCCUUUAAGUUGAUGAGAUUAAUUCUUGAUCUUGGUGGUGAAGCUUUGCGAAUCACAUUAAAAAAACAACUGUCAGGUAUUGAUUUAUUUCUUGUCUUAUAUAACCCUACAAAUAUGGCAAAACUUUCGAAAUUAAAGAAUAAACAAAUUGGUCAAGAACAGUGGGAUUUACUUUAUCCUAGUCCUCCAACAUUGCCAAAUGAAAAUGAUUUUGACAUUACUUUACUUUGUAUUCUCCUGCGCAAUAUUUGCAAUUUAAAACCACCGCAUGAUUCAAUUUGGAAAAACAUUCCUAAUCCUACUGAUCAUUCAACUGAAGCAGAUAUUACCCGUAUCAGAUUAUUUCGCAAUGAUCGUUUCGCUCACUUAGCUAACGCCUCAGUAAGCUUUGAUGACUUUCAAUGUUUUUGGGUGGAAAUAAGCGAACCAUUAGUUCGCUUAGGAAUAACUCAGGGAGAAAUAGAUCAAUUGAAGAAUGUGGAAGAUGUUUUGUCGAAAAAACUUGUGAGUUUAGACUUCGAGAGGGAAAUUACGCAUCACUAUGAACAAUUUUUAGAAGGAACGCGGGAAUGGGUUUUUGAUGAGUUUUUAGCUUGGUUCCAUAGCGAUAGAUCCGAAAAUCGUGCAUUUGUUAUUUCCGCUGUUGCUGGCAUGGGUAAAUCUGUAAUUGCAGCUACCUUGUGCAAACGUUAUCCUCAAUAUUUGAGUGCAGUUCAUUUCUUUCAACACAACAACAGUCGUUACAAUAAAGCCAAUACACUUCUUCAAUCUUUAGCCUUUCAAAUUGCUCAUACUUUUCCUGCUUAUCAACAGCUUCUUGAAAAAAAACUUUCUGUUGAACUCUCUCAGCGUUUGAAUAGCAUGAAAAUAGAAAAAUUAUUUACCUUGCUUUUCACUGACUUGUUUUCCGAAAUCUUGACACUUCCCAAGCGAAUUCUAAUUGUGCUAGAUGCUCUUGAUGAAUGUGGUUAUCCAGAAAGAGAUGACCUUACCAACUUGAUUGUUAAUCAUUUGCACAAACUUCCACAGUGUUUUCGCUUUGUAAUUACAACAAGACCCAACGAAGUUUCUUUAAACACGUUCGAAAAAUUAAAUCCGCUAUUUAUUAAAUGCAGUGAUGAUCGCAACUUGAACGACAUUAAAUUAUUGGUCGAUGAAAGAAUUGGCUCUUCUAACAGUCUUUUAGAUCUAAAAAAUGAUUUAGUAGACAAAGCCGACGGACAUAUGUUGCUUGCAUCUCUUCUCUGCAAUGAAGUUAAAAAUCAAGGUUUGUCGAACGCAUCCAUACCAAAAAAUUUAGAUGAAUAUUAUGAAACCUACUUAAAACGGUUAGGUAAAGAAUUAGAGUUGUUUAAAAUCACGGAGAAAAAAUUUCUGUCAGCAUUAGAUGCCUUGGCGGUUGCCAAAGAACCUCUUCCUUGGCAGAUAAUUGAGGAUAUACUUUGUUUGAAUUCAACUUGCAUAUCCAUCAAGGUGAGAAAAAUUAUCUCUUGUCUGUUUGUCACUAAUAAAGAAGGGUGUGUUUCUUUUUUUCACAAAUCUAUAACUGAUUGGUUGUUGGUUGAUUGUGAACAUGAUUAUUCAGUAAAAACUUCUUUGGGUCAUCUACUUGUUUUAGAAUUUUGUUCAAAAACUUUGGAUGAUGUCAUAGCUCUCAAAGUAAAUUAUGACAUCAUUCAGCAUGCUUCAUUAAGGUAUUCAGUUAAUUAUUGGUUGCCUCAUAUGCUUUCUGCUUGUGAUAAUGAUUGUAUCGUUGAAAAUGUUUGUAAAUAUCUUGUUGACUUGGAAGUUUUAAUUGCUUCUAUAUUUGUUGAUUUUAGUCAGACUUGUGAAAAUUUUAAGUUAUUUAUCGCACAUGAGACGUACUUUCAUCUUUCUGAGGACACUCGACUAUUAUUUAAUGAUCUUUAUAGUUUACUAUCGUGGAAUGAAUGGUUUGACAAUGAAAUAAUUUUUUUGCAAAACGUUGUCAACCAAGUAAAAGAUCUUUCGUCCCAAGCCACCACAAUGCUUCAAACACGUUUCAAAGACUCCCCAUAUCUAGAGAGCAGAGACGCAUGUUUUGGAAAGGCGCUAUUAUUACGUUUGUUUCAUUCUUUGAUUUCAAUCGAUGUUUCACGAAAUCAUGAUUACGUCAUCUGUGGUUAUGAAGGGUUUAUCGUUCAACUAUUUUCAUUAAAAACAAACAGGUGUUUAUGGAUAAAAAACUUAGCUAGAGAGUUAGAGAAAAUUGAAUGUAAAGAAUUCUGCAUUGUCUUUCAUCCUUUUAAAGAUUCGAUUUUCGCUUCUCAACUUUAUAAAGUACUAGAUAUUAAUGGUAAAAUUUCCUCUAGUCCGCUCCAUUGUGAUGAUUCUACUUCUAAGUUCUUUACUAACAAAUGUUUUUCAAAGGAUAAGUGCACAAUGGUCACUAGUUACAAAGAUACUUUGACAGUAUGGGACGUUAAGAAAGGUGAGAGGAAGCGCAGUAUAAGAUGUAGUAAUGUGGCCUCGCUUUGUUUUUCUAAUUCAGAAAAGUAUUUAGGUGUUAUAGCUGUUGUUGAUGAAGAGAAGAAAAGAAGUGUAUUUCGAAUUUUUGAUGUAGAGAAUAAUUAUAAAACAUUUAUUUGCGACGAUCAUUUGCCUCUCGAUAAGAUUGGUAUUAUGUUCACUGUUGGUCUUCAUUCUUGGUGUUGUAGUGCUUUUUCUUCAAGGUCUCACAUUGAGAAACUUUUUAUUGUAAAUCCCACUGAUGAGAAACUUCCUGACUUAAGUCUUGUUCCUGAAGUUUGUUGGUAUCCACUUGAUCCCUUGGAUGACAACAUAUCAAGCUUUUGUUUAAAAGGUCCUGGAAUGUAUUAUUUUAUUUUGAGUGACGACUUUGUUCUUCUUUUCGCUUACGGAUGUGACUUUUAUCUGUGUUCAAUAGCAAGCGUACUUUUGACUAACACUUACAAUUUUCAUAACGAGAAUUUUUGCUCAAAUGAAAACUUUCUGUAUCAGAGAGAUGAAGAAAACUCGAUGUUAGUUUCAUACAAUCUCAACACAUGUGACUUUUUUGUCAGGGAAAGUCUUUUUAGGGACAUGGUCGCUGUAGGAAUGGGAGUCAUUUUGCUUUCGGCAGAAAAUAUUCCUGAGCUUUGGAAUAAUGAUUUGACAAAACUUCUUUGCAGUUUCGAUGAACUAAAAGGUACAAACUCGUUUUUUGAGGUAAGUGAUUUAUCAAUUGCUUGUCAAAAAACUGAUUCUCUUGUGUUUUUCAACAUAGAAAACAAGCGAACAGAAAUAUCAAUAAAAUUUGAAAAUUAUCAAAAUGUGCAAGUGCUUGCCUGUAGUUCUAAGUAUCAUGUGUUUGCUAAAGUAGAGUUUGAUGAUGAAACAGUAUAUUAUAUGUGGCAUGAAGAUAAUCUAGUAAAUAGUUGGGAUGACAUGAUUCAGAGGGAAAUCACUAGAACCAUACAAGAUAAAGAACUAGAUGAUUGGGAUGAUAUAAUCCAGGAAGAAAUGACGAGCAGCAUGGAAGAUGCAGCACUAGAUGGUUUGGAUGACCUAUCCCAGAAUGAAAUCAUGCUAAACAUAGAAGAAGAGUAUUCACCUUUCUCAUUAGCUGGGAGGGCAGAGACGGGCUGGGGCAAUAAUUUGCCUCAACUUAAAAUUUUUGAAAAUUGUCCUCGGAUCACCAACUCUCCUCCCAAUAAAAAAUAUGCUUCAUGGUGCCUGCAUCAUACGUAAAUUCAAUUUCAAGAACGCAUGUGCCAGUGAAAAAUAUUGAAUAUAAACCAUAUAAAUCUGAGAUGAUUUAAUUAAAAAAGAAAAUUGAAGAAGAAUGUUAAAUAACAGUGGAAAAAUUAUGAAGAAACAACAUAAGUUUAUUUAAAAAAAAAUUAUGCCAAACUCAAGCUCGUAUAACAUGUGAACUAGUGAGAGUUUUUAAUGAGAAUAAUACUCAGCAUUGUUAGUCUAUGUACGUCUACGUUCGCAAUAUUUUAUGUAAGGUCUCACUGUAUUAAGCAUCGUGGAAUGAACUUUUGCAUAUAUUGAAUAUUUUGGAAUAGUACAAAACACUAGUUCGCAUGUUAUAUGAUUGCGUGAUAAGAUGAAAGUCAUUAAAAGUAGUUUGUCGGCUGAGUAAAAUUAUGUUCUUCGAUGGAAAAGUCAUCUGUGUUUUUGGUUGUUCUUUACUGUUAUGAUGAAUUUCCAACUUAAAUGGUCUAAUGUCAUUUUUUAUGCAUGAUCUCUCAAAUUGUUGUUAAUUCAACUAAUUUGUGUUUGCAAUAAAACGUCAAUCUAGGUGUAUGAUUUCAUGAGACGAACUUUGUCUAACUUUGAUUGCUCUAUACAGAAACCACUGUUUGAUGAUAAUGUCAAAAAUGUUGCAUGGAGAUCACGCAUAAAAACUAAAAUCAACCAGUCAAAACUGGACAUUUAUUAACAAUAAUAAAUGACUUAACAAAGAACACAAAUGACGUUUGCGUCUUUAUGAUAGUAACUUACUACUUAUUUAGCUACAGCACUUAUAACAAUGCAGUUAAUAUACAAUAUAACACUUAUAUCGACUUUUAUUUUAUCACGCAAACAAAUAAAAUGCGAACUAGUGUUGGUUAUUGUACCAUAGGUUAUGUUUUGUUUAUCCACCAUGUUAACAUAAUUUUUGUGUAAAUGGAUUCAUGCAGUGCAAAAUGGUUUCAGUUUGCACGUUGCACGUUAUUUGACAUUAUCUUUCACUAAAAUCAGUUUAUUAGCGAAUCAAUCAAUACUAUCGUGCACUAAAAUCACACUUUAAUACUUUUUGACUAUUACAUUUUGAUAUAGCUAUAAAAUAUCUAUUUAGUAAGUUGUUACAGAGACAAUAACAGCCGAAUAGAUACGUCUCUUAUAUGAAUACUUUCGCCUUUAUCCAUUUGAAAAACAUCUGUUUAUAAUGAAGGAGUGAUAGCUUUGCUAAGUGUUUUUAGCAAAACUAAAAACUUGGGCUGACUUUACAACAAUUUAAAAAGUAAAUCGUAAACUCCACAAGAAACGUACUUCAUGAUUUACGUUCAUCAUCGUGAUAAACAAUUUAACCAUCGUGGCUGAACACUUCAAAUCAUGUGUUACAAAAGUCAACAAUGUCGAAAAAAGUUUAGCAAUA